AUGGAUUUGAGUUUGGCAACGGCGUUUUUGGAAGGAUAUUGUUCUUCAACUUGGUUGCGACAGCGUUGGGUCUCCACGCGCGGCAGAAGUUCCGGCCUUUUUUUCAAGGACGAGACCUUGAGGGGGGAUCUUGCCGGCGGCGUUUUCUUGUCCGGCGCAACAUUGGAGUUUGGCGUUUACAAGUGCGGCUCAUCCGCGAAGGAAGCCUGCUUGUCUCUAUUUUUUUCAGCCUGCAAACCGAAGGUUGAGGCAAGCCCGGUCAGCCUCCGGGUUUUCGCCCUGUGGCUUGCAGACGGCGAGGCGUCGUUGGACCAUAAUAUGGCCGAAAAAGGAUCCGAGACGAAAUCAACAAUCAAAAUUCCCCACGUUGCGGAGGGUCGCAUCACCUUUUUCAACCGUUUUCAAAGUGAGCAAUCGUGA